GCGUGCUAAAUUGUUCGGAAGGCACAGGUAAACGGAUUCCUUUGGAGACCGAGAGACGAGUUUGGGAAGUCCUCUUCGGUGGAAGCUGCCCUCUCCUUCGGAAUUCGAUGAAAUCUCCUCCAUUUGCUGCUAUGGAUCGUCGCCGGUUUUCUCUUCAAUGGUGGUGAUGGUAAUUGAAAAGGUGUGAGUCUUGAUUUGUUGAGUGAAGAAGAAUGGUGUUAGUUUUAGCGUUAGGUGAUCUUCACAUCCCUCACAGGGCACCUGACCUGCCGGCGAAGUUCAAGUCCAUGCUUGUUCCGGGGAAAAUCCAGCACAUUAUAUGUACUGGAAAUUUAUGUAUUAAGGAAGUUCAUGAUUACUUGAAGAGCCUAUGUCCUGACCUGCAUGUUACUCGUGGUGAAUACGAUGAGGAUACUCGUUAUCCAGAGACCAAGACUCUUACCAUUGGCCAGUUCAAGCUUGGGCUAUGUCAUGGCCAUCAGAUCAUCCCAUGGGGUGACUUGGAUUCCUUAGCCAUGCUUCAGAGGCAGUUGGAUGUUGACAUCCUUGUGACAGGCCACACUCAUCAGUUCAAAGCCUACAAGCAUGAGGGUGGUGUUGUCAUAAAUCCUGGCUCUGCAACGGGUGCGUAUAGCAGCAUCACCUAUGAUGUCAACCCGAGCUUCGUGCUCAUGGACAUUGAUAGCCUCCGUGUUGUGGUGUACGUCUAUGAGCUAAUCGAUGGAGAGGUCAAGGUCGACAAGAUCGACUUUAAGAAGACUGCAACAGCCAAUGCUUCUCAGUAGAACUCCACAAGCUAUUAUCACUAUAUGAUUCGACUGAAUGCCUUGAUGUUACAUUUGGAAUUCGAUUUUCUUAUUAGACCUGAAUGUGGCUUUUGGUUAUUGCUGUAGAGUGGUUGCUUUGCAUCUGAGAAACAGAGCUAGCUCUGUAGAUUGUUAAUGCUAAAGGAAAUUUUUUGUGGGUGAUUGAUUUAGUCCUUGAAAA